UGCGCGGAGUUGCAGCGAAUAUGGCGGCAUGCAUCUGAUAGAAAGUGAGGAAUCUCCCAUCAAAAUACCCAGUUUAAACGUGUCUGUGUAGGGAACAGCCUGUCUGACUUCAGCUCCUCUGCAGCUGCACGUUUAACUUUGGUCAUCAUGGGCCGGACACCACACAGAGAUCAAAAAGAGGAGAAAGAGAGAAGAAGCAGCAUCACAGCAGGAUCUCCCCUCGACAAAUCUAAUGAACCGUUCAGGUGGGAAGACUAUCUGAGAGAAACUUCCUCUACUGCAGCGUCGCCUACUUGCUUCAAACAGUCCAGAGUCCCCCCCUCCAAUGACUUUAAAGCAGGUAUGAAACUUGAGGCACGGGACCCUCGCAACUCUAACUCUGUGUGCAUUGCAACGGUGAUGGGCAUGAUGGGUACUCGUCUACGCCUGCGUCUGGAUGGAAGCGACAACACCAAUGAUUUCUGGAGACUUGUCGACUCGUUAGACAUCCAACCAAUAGGAACCUGUGAGAGGAACGGAGACAUGCUGCAGCCACCGCUGGGUUUCAGGAUGAAUGCCUCCUCGUGGCCCAUGUUCCUCCUGCGGACGCUGAGUGGAGCAGAAAUGGCCCCCGCCUCUGCUUUUAAAAAGGAACCAGCCAGCCCGGUUAAAAACUACUUCCAGCCUGGUAUGAAGCUGGAGGCGGUGGACAGGAAGAACCCCUACCUGAUUUGUCCUGCCACAGUGGGAGAGGUCAGAGGUCAGGAGAUUUUCGUCAUGUUUGACGGCUGGCGAGGCGCCUUUGACUAUUGGUGCCCCUUUGACUCCAGAGACAUCUUCCCCGUCGGCUGGUGUGCCUUGACAAAACACAGCUUACAGCCGCCUGGAAAUUUCUUUACCCUCCCUGGUGCACUUCUUGCUCCUGUUUCUUCCACCUCAGCCUCCCUCACUACACGUCGCUCCUCUUCCAACCCCUCCUCCUCCAUGCAGACUUCAUACCGACUGCCCAAUCCCUUGCCACCCCUCCCUGUGCGCAAGGGUGUCCGAGGUCGACGUCCCAAAUCCCAGACUAUUGCUUUGUUGAAGGCAGCGGCUGAGGCUGCCGCGGCAGCAGCAGUAAAUGGAGCAUCACAGAGCCCUGCCAGAACGAUCUCUGAGGCUCAGUUGGCCCCCAGACCACACAAGAAGAGAGGGCCAAAGCCUAAGAGCAAGAAGAAGCCUCGGCUGGUGCAAUCCCAGGGUGCACCAGCAGUUACAGUUCCACCUCCAGAGACCAGACUGAGCUCCGGACACGUCUCAGCAGACAACAACCAUAGCAACAGCUCAAAUGUAGUUUGCACAGUGUGUGUCUAUGUGAACAAGCACGGUAACUAUGGCCCGCAUCUGGACAGAAAACUAGUGCAGCAGCUCCCGGACCACUUUGGUCCAGCUCCAGUAAAUGCAGUGCUUCAGCAGGCUGUUCAGGCCUGCGUGGACUGUACGUAUCAGCCCUCUGUGAUGCUGUCAUUCCUACAGAGCCAGUCCCACACAGGAGGAGAGGUCAUCAGAGUGCGGUCAGAGCAUGGUAUCCGCUACGUGAAGCUGCCCUCCGCCUCCAGUACGUCAUCGGUGCUGCGGUUUCUGGAGAACAUGUGCCAACAUCUGGAGAGUGACAGUCUCUUCAGCUCGCAGCCCUUUAGCCCCUUCAGCAACAACUCGCGCUUCUACAACAGGACCAAGUCAGAACCACUGUCCCAACCUGAGAACAGCCUGUCCAAUGACGAUUCCACAAAGGAUCCCGCUCCCAGCACCCGCCCCCCUCACACCGCAUCGGACUACAGAGCAACAAAGAAGGAGCGGCCAUAUUACCCUGGACACACACACACGCCGCCACCCCUAAGACGGGUCAGCUCCAACCCAACCGAACUUGGCCAGAUGUGUCCACCCAGACGAGUGGAGGCAGCUAGCUCAACAACAGGCCCAGACCACAUGAAACAGGACAAGGAGGGUUCAGGGAACGACGCCUCCACCUGGUCAGUUGAUGAUGUCAUGCGGUUUGUCCUAGAGGCUGACCCCCAAACUCUCGGCCCGCACGUCGAACUGUUCAGGAAACAUGAGAUUGAUGGCAAAGCUCUGAUGCUGCUGCGCAGUGAUGUCAUUAUGAAGUACAUGGGACUGAAGCUGGGCCCGGCGCUCAAACUCUGUCAUCACAUUGAGAAGCUGAAACAGACCAAACAAUAGAGGAUGAAGGCACUCUCUUUUCUCACUGGCAACUUAACACACACACACACACACACGCGCACGCACGCACACGCACACACACACACACACACACACACACACACACACACACACACACACACACACACAUACUUUUCUACAGGGAUGUAGUGCAGUGUAAAGCCACCUGAACCAGGGUCAUAGCUAGCAUUGAGGACACUGAGGUCAAGCCCUCUGUAUUUUUUUUCUGUGUAUGUAUUUGGAGGUUGCGGGGAGCAUUCAAGAACAAACUUACACACCAUGGUCAUUUUAUGAACUGAUCCCAGUAUUUUUUUUAAUAAAGCAGUUUAAAUCUGACUACUUUUUGGCCAACAAAUAAAUAAAUCAAUAGUCUUUUAUUCUGGACAGUGUAGACAAGGUUUUGAAACGACAUUUAGACCAUCAUGCUGUGAAACAAAAUUAACAGUUAACUGACUAACCAGAAUCAAUGUAACGAAACACAUUUGAGAUCUUUUUCAUUUCCAGUCAAAUUAUUUUGAGGGUGGUGUGGUGUACAUCAGGGGACUUAUGGCCUCAGUAUUGCUAAACUCCUGGCUAUGGCUCUGAUGUGAAAUCACAGAUCACAAUUUACUUUUACAUACAAACAGAUACAUAGUACAUUCAUUAUUUGCAUUACUGUAAUUGGUAUCAGAUAUCUCAGCAUUUGUUUAUGUUAGUGUCUUUUUGCUUCAUUAUGAACAACUGGAGGCCAUAAUUUAUCAAUCUUUUUAUUUACCAGACAUUCUGUAGGAUUUGCAGCUUUAUCUCUUUGGAUAUUCGGCUGUUACAGUUUUUUGGUUAGAAUUUCAGGAUGGACACUCUCCUCUCCAGAUUGGAAAAGUUAGUUCAGGUACUGGCAGUGAACGUCUCUCGCUGCAUCAUUUCUAACAAUGCAAUAAAGUUUUGUGAAUGACUGUGUCUGUUACAGGCUGUUACAUUUAGUUUAUGCAAGGCAUUGAAUGUAUGAAGUUGUGAGCAUUAUUAUUAACAGAUAGUUUCAUUCCAAGAUGUUGGAGAAAUCAUUUUGUUUCCUGAAGUCAAUCAUUGCAUGAAUGGUUCCUGUCCUCAAACACUUUUAAAACAUUUUACAUGAUUGUAUUAUGCUUUGACAGUCACACUGUCAAACACACACACACACACACACACACACACACACACACACACACACACACACACACACACACACACACACACACACACACACACACACGAGAUAUACACUUAAAAUGACUGGAAUAAAUGCUGACAAGGCCAUUGACUGUCUAGUUUGAGUGCUAUACAGAACGUUAAAGUGCUCCUGAGAGAGUACAUGAUGGGGAAACUGUUUUGUAUAAAGUCAAGCCAAAAGGUUUUUUUUUAUAUAUCAUUUUGUACUGUAACAAAGUGUAUGAACCUGAGCGUAAGUGUAAUCAAAUUUUUUUCUGCCUGAAAUACUUUUUGUGUGCAUCAUGAAAUAACUACCUACAGGACAAAUCUGUGUCUGAGUAAUUAUUUACAUGUCUAAAAGUUUUAUCUGUUUUUUGAUGGCAGAAAUACUAAUUUUCUGAACAUUUCAGAAGCAUUUUCUAACUAAAUCAUGUGUGUUGUAGCUGCAUUCUCACUGUUGCUCUCCUGUAGUGGUAACAAGUUGAUACUUGAAACCAUCUUGCUUUAAUGUAAAACUCAGGUUUUAGAGUUGUUUUGUAGAAGAUGUUUUACAUCAUUAGCAUGUUGUGUCCAUUACUACGACAUAAAGGGACUGCACAAUAACUAUGUAUGUUUUUAUGCCUUGUCAUCUAUCACUCCGUAGCCUUUCAUAUGUAUAUAUACACAACUUUUUACUGUAAGUUCAACAAAAAAUGUUUGUUGAUUAUGUUUGAUAUGCAUUCACACAUUAAACAUUUGUUUAAAUCA